GUAAAUGAAGUGAAGCGAUAAGACACCGCACGUGCUCGGCACAUGUCUUGUAUACUCCGGUUUAAUUAGAACAUAAUACAAUCUUGCUGUUGAUGAUGAUGAUGUUGAAUUUGUUGUUGUUGACGUGAACACUUUUAAAGGGUGCAUCUGCAUAUUAUGGACCACUUGUUUCCCUCUGGAUCUGUUCCGCAGUACUUGUGCAAGAUUACAUGAGGAUUAACACGUGACAGUGCAGCCUAUACAAACUAUAAUAACUGUGAAAAUCUGAUAAACGGUAGUUUUCAGAUUUUUGUUUCUUUUAACAUAUUGGUAUCCCAUAGGGGUGCACAAUAUUGACCAGAUGCGAAUGUGCAGAGACUAGCCAGCAAAAUCUGACACCCGCUGGCAUCUUAAAUUAUUCAUUAACGUACAGAGCUGGUGAGAAAACAAUAAUGAGAUCGUGGUAAACAGCCCCAGUUGCUUUUGAAAAGAAAGGCUCUCCCCAACGCACGCCUAUGUGCCCGCGGUUAUAAAGCGAGCAGAUAACACGUACGUCACUGUGCAGUGCAGCAGAGGGAGGAAGAAGAAAAAAAAAACCGGAGCAGCGACUCGGCGACUAGAAAGAGGCAACAGCAUUUAAGGGGCUGGCCGUGUGCGGGUGUGCAGUCUCCACUGGACCCUUGCGCUGUGACAGCAACCGCGUCCUCCCACACGGCCACCUCCUCGCCUUCUGCAAUAAACCAUCACCUCCACGAGCCACUACCGUCAUCCACAACCACCCCGGUCAACUGCGACGCUCUGCCAACAAGCCCUGGCUUUUAGGCAAAAAAACACGCCGUCUCGCUGCAGAGGGGGUUCUCAGCGGAACGAUUCAUCGAGCAGAGAUGACAACUGCAGGCGGUUUGGCUGGAGAUCACCACGCAGAAUGCCUGCCUCUCUGGGAGGGCGCUGUGCAUCUGAAUUGUGUUACGAUUUCGAGACGAGACGCGCUCAGCGACGCCGUUAACCAUCUCGUCGGCUCAUCUUUUCUCGCGAAUCAUACCGAGGCUCUCACGAUGAUCACAACGGUGCCGUGGUGGUUAAUGAAGCAAAUAUAAAAAACGGAGAGUUUACGCCUCAAAAUUGUGACCAAAAAAAUAAGGAGACAUGGACGUUGGGGACACCCUGCUGUCGCUGUUCAUCGUCGUGGUACUGAUCGUGUCUUUCCUGUCGAACCUCGUUGUGUUGGUAUGCUACGUGUACAGCUCGGAAAUUCGCAGGCAAGUGCCCAGCAUAUUCACCAUUAACCUGACCGUGUGCAACUUAAUAAUGACGCUCUUCAACAUGCCGCUUACACUGGCCGGGGUCAUCACUCAGGAACAACCGUUCGACGACUGCCUGUGCCAGGUGUUGGGAUUCACAGAGACCUUUCUGACCACGAACACCAUGCUGAGCAUGGCGGCGCUCAGCCUGGACCGCUGGGUCGCGGUGGUCUUCCCCCUGAGCUACACCACCAAGAUGAGCUACAAGGACGCGGCCGUCAUCAUGAGCUACACGUGGAUCCACUCGCUGUGCUUUCCCUUGGUGGCCACAUAUUUCAAGUGGUUCGACUACCAUCGGAACUAUGCCUCGUGCACCAUGUGGGCCAAAGACAGCGAGUGGCUGCCCUUCUCGACCAUGACGGUGGUGUACCACGGCACCACCUUCCUGCUGUCGCUGGUCGUGCUCUGCGUCACCUACAUGAAGGUGCUCAAAGUGGCGCGUUUUCACUGCAAGAGGAUCGACAUCAUCACGAUGCAGACCCUCGUGCUGCUGGUGGACAUCCAUCCCAGUGUCAAGCAGCGCUGCCUGGUGGAGCAGAAGAAGCGGCGACAGCGCGCGACGAGGAAAGUCAGCACCUUCAUCGGCACGUUCGUCCUUUGCUUUGCGCCCUACGUGAUCACCAGGCUGGUGGAGAUCGCGCCCUCUGUCACAGUGGGGCACCACUGGGCGCUCUUCAGCAGAUGCCUGGCGUACAGCAAGGCGGCGCUAGACCCCUACGUGUACUCUCUGCUUCGCCGCCAGUACAGGAAGGUGUGGGAGAAGCCACUCGACAAAGUUCUGAGGCGAGAGCGCCAUAAGUGCCACGCGCACCCAAGCUCCCAGGACACGGAGAACGACAGCGCCUGUCAAAGAGCAAACUUGAGAUAACGCAUUAUUAUUAUUUUUUAUAUAGAGUAUAUUUAAGAGAAUAAUAUAUAUGUUGGGGUGGGGGGAGCGGCGGGGGGGGGGGGGUCAGGAUCAAAGAUAAUUGCAGUGCCAUGAUGACACAUUGUAGAGAAGCAAGGGUUUUUCAAUAUUCGGGUCCUCGCGACCCAGCACAUCGUGGGUGAGUGCACUGUACCACGUGGGACCCUCGCUACCCCCACGUUAAUGAUUGAUACGCACGUGACGAGGAGCGUGCCGUGUCAAAUAAAUGAGGAUGCGUGUUAUCGGUAAUUUCUAUACCACGUGGGACACACGUCCAGUCGCAUAACGGUCGAUCUUGGUUUUGAAUCCGCUUGUUUACCCAAAUGAGACGCGUGCAGCGUGUAAAGACUUCGUCUUUGUAGUUGGACGGAAGAGGCAGGGCAAGGUGAAGAGGUACCGUAGAGGGUCGUGAGUUUUGAGACGCCACGAUGUAGAAUAGCACAUACGAACUACAGGCGAUGGAUGGAUCACAAACGGACAUCAGUGCACGCCACGCAACUCCGUGCAUUAUGCUGAAUGGUCAGUGGCAUAGCUAUCGAGUGUGCAGGCGGUGCAAUUGCAUCGGAGCCCAAGACUCUUAAGGGUCGGGUUACGAAGAAGUAACAUUGGACAGGAUGUACCAUAAUUCAUUCCUUACACCAAAACCCAUACCAACCACGCUACCCCACUGUAAACGAGUGUCCAUAAAUGGGUCUGUGGCACUGGUGGGCAAGGAUGGCUUUGCAUUAUCAUUUAGACACACACCACCAGAAUGAAUGAAUUAUUUAUAGGGGCGUUGGCCCCUCGCCUUGUGGUGCAAGGGGCUAAGGCGUGACGCGUAUACCUCUUGGUGUGUUGAAUGUGCCUUGGUUUGGAUCCCAGCAUUAGGUCUACCGAGGACGUUACACACAAGGGCUUAAUUUCCCAUGGGAUACUUUCCAGGGCUUAGCCCCAGGCGGAUUUGGAUGAACUUAAGCCCUGUUAUUCAGGUGACUUCAUGUUGUAGAAACCACACGUCCAAGAGGAGGAAAUGUAUCCUGUCGUGGCCAAGAGAGGGGCACGCGAUUCGUGUGGCCGCGUGGCUCAGAUUGCAGGCGACGUGCGAUUGAGAUUAUGGAGGUGUUUUGCGCACAAAAAAAAGCCUUGCAAUCAAGCCUGGGACUGAGUGACUUUCUGGGGAGUGGGGGGAGGAGUGCUGGAUCAUGCUAUCACCACAACUUGACACGACGCGUUGCUGCUCCUUUCAGUUCGUAAAGACGUUGCCAACUAGAUGAUAUACCUUUUAUUAUUUAGACGGCUGGAUCGUCUUUUGUUCUCAUGCUCCCGAAAGCCGGAUUUCACGGAGCCAAAAUGGUUCAAAUCCUGCCCUAGAAAUAGACGUUAAAGACCGCCACCCCUCCUCCCCCCCCCCCCUUUCAUAACAUUCCAAAAAUACGACUCGGGCCAAUUUGUACCAAGGAUAUAUAUAUUUUUUCCAGAGAGCCAAUGUCACCCAAUGCCGAAAAUCCAAAAUUUCCCAGAAUGCGUCCGAUCUUUGUCACAUCUCGGAAGCCAAAGCAGAGUUAAGCCUGGAUAGCGCUUGGGUGAGGAUGGAGGAGGGGGUCGGCAAACACAAUAACAAAAAGAGUAUUUUUUUUUUCAAAUUUGGUAACAACCACGACAAAAAUAAAAGCUCAGUAUUUCAAGAACCGCAAUGCAUGCGAAGACGAAAUAAAAAAAAAAACGUCACGAAGCGGUCCGUAAAGAGCCGCGUGACCACCGCGCAUAAAACAUGCGUCAUGUGCUGCUCCAUUGUGGGCAGUAGAGUGCAGUGCAACAAAAAAAAACAUUAGUCUGCUGUACUUGUAUGCUCCCAUGUCUUUCUCCGCCUCCCCCCCCUUCUUCACCAUCCGGCACUGACCCAUCGUAGGGAAGUUUGGUCAAAUAACCCCCCCCCCCUCCGCCACAACCCCUCACCCCCACCAAACACUGUCCCUCAUCAAGCAGUGGAUUGACAAAACGCCCCGAACAAAACACACAGCUAAAGUUUCUUCAAUGAGCUCUCGCCUGGAUAGACAUCACACAUACAGGUAGACAUUAUACAUACAAGUACACACACACAUACAAGUAGACACACACAUACAGGUAGACAUUACACAUACAAGUA